AUGCACAUCAAAGACCGAACUUUCGUCGUCAGCGGCGGCGCCUCCGGCCUGGGUCUCGCAACCGCCGAAGAACUCUACGCCAAUGGAGGCUACGUCGCGAUCCUGGACAUGAACCCAGCCAACGGGGAGAAAGUCAUCAAGCAACUCGGCGACCGCGCAAAGUUCUUCGAAGUCGACGUCACCGAAUCUGAGAGUCUGGAAGCAGCUGUCAAUGGGACUGUCGCAUGGAUCAAGCAGACGGGCAAACCUAUGGGCGGCAUCCUCCCUCUGGCAGGAGUUGGGCUCCCGGCGAAACUUCUGGACAGAGAUCUUAACCCCGUCGACAUGUCGAGGUUGAAUUUCGUCAUAGAUAUCAACCUCAAGGGCAUGUUGAACACGAUCCGGCUGCUUCUCCCACACAUGGCCAGAAACGAGCCCACGACUCCGGAUGGCGAGCGUGGCGUGAUCGUCAUGGUAUCCUCGUCGGCCGCUUUCGAAGGUCAAGUCGGUCAGCUCUCAUAUGCGGCGUCGAAAGGUGCGGUCCGAAGCAUGACCCUCGUGCUCGCCAGAGAUCUCGCACCGAACGGUAUUCGUGCCAUGUCGAUCGCCCCAAGUCUUUUCGAGACAGCUAUGAGCGCUGCGCUGUCUGAGAAGGUCCGUCAGACUCUCACGAAAGUGACGGAGUUCCCAAAGAGAUUGGGCAAUGCUAAGGAAUUCGCGGGCUUGGCCAGGCAUUGCAUCGAGAACACAUACCUGAACGGCGAGUGCAUAAGACUGGAUGGAGGAACGAGAAUGCCGUCGAAGAUGUAG